UUUAACGUUUUAUACAUAUUUUUCAAUUCCAAUCUGUAGAUAGUAUUAGUCAUUAGCCGACUGAAUAAACUGAUGGACGAUAGAUCGCCGGAGACUUCUUACUACUCCUCGGCCAGACCAAGUGGUGCUACUGGAUCAGAAGCUGCAGACAACCAGAAGAAGUCCAAGACAUUGCCGUUCGCCUUAGGAGUUGUUCAAUCAGGAGAUUACGCCUCCCAGUCCGAACCAAAUUCACCAACACAUUCACACUACUUAAACAGUCCAGAUGGGGAUACUUCCUCGAACAUCUUGCCAUUCUCCUCAGUCUCGUCGUCGUCCUCCGCCAGUCCUUCGAAGUCAGCCAAGUCACAAUCGAGCUCGAAGGAAACGAAUAACAAAGGGGCCUCUCCAGAUCACAAAGGACCUCUGCACUGGAUAAGCAGCGCGUUAGGCUCAGGUGCUAAAAAAAGAAAAAAGAAUAAGAAGGCCACUGUAGUGUCGGCAGGGGCGCUGCGGGGGAUAAACAGCAGUGUUGCCAAGGGAAGGGACAAUGGGAUGAUAGCCAAUCCUUAUGCACAAUUCGGUAUGCUAGGAAUGAUGGAUUCUAAAAGGAGGUCAGAAUCAGUCAUGGAGGAAGACAUCACCCUGAAAACCCUGCCGAGGCGUGACCGCAACAGUGUCAUCAUUCGGAAAUCACUCGCGAUUGACGGACAAGAUGGAGUUCUAAACACAGACAAUCACAGCAACAAUCACAUGACCCAGUCACCUACAAGUGCAGCCGAAUCUUCCAAGAACGAUAGUGCUACCGGACAAAAGACUCUGGAGGUGUCUGGAUCUAGUGGGAUUGAUGGGAUUGGGAAGAGGCGGGAGAGGGGCAAGGGGCACCAGUUUGAAGUUGAGGAUGAAAAGGAUUUCCCUCUCUGGUGUGAUAUUUGUGGUGAUGCAAUCAUCAGUCUGCUCUAUCAACCUCUCCGUUGUGAACACUGCGGCUAUUUGUGCCACGAGAGCUGUUUGCCGGGAGUGGGGUUGGACUGCCCUUUCCAGUUGGAAAAACAACUGGAGCGAGAUCUCCUUGACAGAGAGUCCACACAUCGCCAUCAGUUGCAGUCAGAAGAACCGGCAGGUCUUUUAACUGGGGUGUCGUCAUCAUCUUCCGUGGUCAGCGAACAUUCAGCCGAAUCGGCGGCCGCUACAGUCUCAAGCUUGUCAUCUCAACCGAAUAGUGGUGCUGCUUCAUUGGAUCUGCCGGAGAUGAACUCACAAGGAAACGAUGAUAGUUCUCCCAGAUCGAUGGAAGAUGAAGAGGAACAGUUCUACACCAUCAAAGAUCCCACCCAGUUCGAGGCCAGUCUCCGGAUGAAGGAAGAAACUAGUCAGAGGAAAACAAAAGAAAACAGAACUGGUGGUGUGGAAAAACUAAAUGGGAACGAGGGGAGAGGAGUGCCGCCGGGAAGGGAAGAGCAGGUGCAGAAAUGGGCGAAACGACUACACAGAAGCAACACGCUUUAUUCCAGGGCGUCAACAAUACAGAGACGCAGCAGCACUUUAAACAACAGAGAAUCGACAGAUAUUCAGUCUGAUAUUUUGAAUGACGUCGAAAACGCGAAGUUAGUGGGGUCGGCAGCUGGACCGAAACUUUUACACGAAGAGAGGAGGGAUGCAGGUCAGAAGGAGACUUCUGGAAAGGGGUUUUGGUCCAAUUACAGCACACUACAGACAGAGCACAGCAGUAGUGGGGGUACUGUCACCAGUAGAAAUGAUAGUAUUAUUAGUAGUACCUUGCCGAGUAAACUGAAAGCGAAGGACUUGGAGAAAAUGAUACUGGAGUAUGCCAAACAGAAUCCACAUGCAGACAUUCGCAUUGUGAAGAAGGUGUCCAAGAGCAAAUCCCGUUCCAAAGACUUCAUCAUCUCUCCCUCAUCCAAUUCGAAUAAGAAGAACAAAGACAAGAGUACAUCGGCGGAUUCGGACUAUCAGCAGCAGCAGGGAGAUCCGGUGGAAUUUGAGGGCUUCCUGCACGUGACUCUGUGUCUGCACAGACCCAUAAGUGUGGCCAACGAAGUGGCACUCGACUUCUCCCUCGAGAGUGUCGGAAAAAACAUGAGUUUUGAGCGGAGCAAGAGUGAGAACAGAACCACAUUCUACUUGCCGUAUGGGAGUGAGCAUGCAGUGAGGUGUCACAGCGGUGACUGCAGGAGGGUGGUGGUGAGCAAACUGCUGCAGAAGUUCCACGUGGCAGACGACCCCAGAAAGUACGCUCUCUUCCACGACACAACAUCUCCAUCAGACCCCACAGUGAGACGCAGGAAGGUUGGUGAUGAUGAGAGGCCUCUGCUGAUGGUGCUGCUUCUCAACAGGGGAGGGGGAGGUGCCAGUGAGGAAAAACACUCUUUCGUGUUGGAGGAGAACGAACAGCCGGACAUACAGUGGGACUGUUUCUCGGAACACGAAUUGGAGAUGUUUCUGGACAUCCUACGCAUAGAAGAGGAGCAGCACAUGGCUAUGAUUAAAGAGAAGUAUCAGGAACAGAAGCGACAGCUGCAGGAAAAACUCACCCUUCUCACCAACUACCUCGAGGCUACCAAGGACGACAGCAUGUGCACAACAGACAGCAGUGACGCUACAACACAGGAUUACACAAGUGAUGAUUUAAUAGCGCAUGAUUAUGCAAACGAUGGCGUAAUAACAAAUGAUUAUGCAAAAUACAAGAUACACGCAGACGACACGAAUCAGAGUCCAAACUCGGCAGAUUAUAUGUCGGCAAAUACGACGCUUGCCUCAUGCACUAUAUCAGACUCAAGUGCAUAGAUUCACUAAUUGCACAUAAGACAUUGGACCAUCAAUUGACAAAUUGGACCAUAAAAUGACAAAUUGAUCAUUGACAGUCGCUCAAAGCAUAUAUUUUCACAUUUUCUACGACAAUUUCUUCUUUCCUAAAAUGAAUUCAGAUUACAAAAUUA